AUGGUUUACAUUCGAUUCGACGAGACACUGCCUCCUAAUGAGGGCGACGAGGGUCUUUACAGACGAGAAAGGUCACGGGUGCGAGCUGGUCACGGGCUUCAGGGAGGACUCUGUGAGUCUGCGCAGUCGGUGGAAGCUGACUGGUGGAGACGAAUGGUCGACAGAGGCUCAUUCUGGACGUGGAAGGCGGCGCUGGGCAUAGGGGAAAUGAAGACUGUUAUCAAUAGACAUGGUCUUGAUCUGGAGGCUCUGAAUUCAUCCCGGCUUCCUACUUCCGGGUCUCAAGGAAUGGAUUUUACAUCUGGACAAUAUGUUGGAUCUUCUCAGGCUGUUGCAGUUUCUAAAGACUCUAAAGAAGGUUUGGCACAAAAUGAGAUACCUAAGUUUGAUCCAUUUUCAUCCAGCAGGCCGCCCAUUGGCCCAAGCAUUGCUGGACAUGAGUAUUAUCAAGGAGUUGGAACACACAGGGGUAGUAAGUCUUUUGAUCAUGGAAGCCCAUCAAGUUUGGACACCCGGUCUGCUAACUCCCAAUCACAAGACAAACAAAUGACUCAAAAUGAUAAUAAGAAGGCUAAAACAUCUAGACCUGCUAACUACAACAUGGUCCCAAGUAGUGGUCAAAUGGAGAAUUUUCCAUCAUCACCUGGAAAUAUGAGAUCGAUGCAUAGAAGUAGACAAGAUGGUCAGAAUGUAACAGAAAACCUAGUGGAUUCAACAAAUAUGCAAGAAACAAGAAAGGAGGAAGACGAGAUUGAUAGAGUAUUAUUGUGGAAAAAGGCAAGACAAAUGAAAAAAUGA